GAUCGUUCAGAAAUUUUCAUUUAUUUAUGAGAUGAGUUAUUGAUAAUGCUCUCGACUUGAACUUUCGUCAAAAUUGAUAAGAAAUGCUUUUAUUUUAAUAACUAAUUGUUGGACUAUUUCAUUCUUGAUGAUUGUAACUAUCGACCGCUGAAAUUCGGAGUGAAACGUCACUUUAGUCAAACAAUACGCGCGUUAUCUGUUAAAUGACUUGAAACUUCAUUUGCAAAUAAAUCGUAUUCAUCGUCAGUUGCAAUUAUGCCUCGAAGCGCUUCGAAUUCGAAAAAAAAUCUUCUCAAGACCGAGGAAGUAGCCGAACUGUACCCUUUACAUACACUCGUGUGGUGUAAUAAUGCCGAAGUUUUACACGAAAAGCUUACCGAAAAUAAGGAUGAUAUUGAGAAAAAAGAUCCUCGUGGCAGAACUCCCUUGAUGUUGGCAAUUACCUUGAAUCAUUUUGAUUCUGCUCUUGUUCUUCUAGAACACGGUGCAAAUUGUAAUACAGAAACGAAUGGCUGGUCAGCUGUUCAAGAAGCUACGGUGACCGGAAAUAGAGAAUUAAUCAAAUUAAUCAUAGAAAGGCGUAAUUACCAACGGAAAUGCAAUCAGUUUGGAGGUAUUCCUCAACUCUUACUGAAACUGAAAGAAGCGCCUGAUUUCUACGUGGAAAUGAAAUGGGAAUUUACCAGUUGGAUGCCAUUGGUAACUAGGAUGUGUCCAAGUGAUACUUACAGAGUUUUCAAACAAGGUUCUAAAGUUCGUAUCGAUUCCACCUUGAUGGGAUUUGAAGAGCUUAAAUGGUUGAGAGGCAAUUCUAGUCUAAUCUUUCAAGCUAAUGAUAAUUUCGGAGCGAUGAUUGAAUUGGACCAUAAUACGCAGAAAGUAUACUACGAUAGACGCUCUUUUGUCGCGCCAGAUGACGUUUCUCAAGUCAAGGAUGGCUCUGAAACGUUGAAAGCUCGAAUGACCAAUCCUAUUGUUUCAUCUUACAUUGACACCGAAAAAAUAAGCUUCGAAAGAAGUAAAAGCGGAGUUUGGGGAUGGAGACAAGAUAAAACUGAAACAAUCAACGGAUAUCCUUGUAAAGUAUUUAGUGCGAGUAACGUGGAAUUGAUCACCAAAACUAGAAUGGAGCAUUUACAACCAGAGGAUAAGGAUAAGUUCCAAAAUAACGGAAAUGUUUUGCAAAACAUUUUGGGUUUUGGCGAAAAAGACGAAGAUACCCAUCAAGAAUGUCAAUCUUCAGAUGAUCCAGAAACUGGAGGUAAUGUCACUUUACACGAAUAUUUUACCGAAGGAUUUGAUUUACAAGGAAGAGAUAUCGGUACUCCAAAAGAUCUUUCGACGAAAAUACGGAAAUUCAAAGCCAAUUUGUGGUUAUGCAAAGAUUACCCUUUAAGUUUACAAGAACAGAUAAUGCCAAUUGUGGAUCUUAUGGCAACUUCCAGCUCUAAUUUCGCCAAACUGAAAGACUUCAUAGAAAUGCAACUUCCCGCUGGAUUCCCUGUAAAAAUCGAAAUUCCCUUAUUCCAUGUUCUAAAUGCCAGCGUAACUUUUGAUAAUAUAUUCGCCGCCGAAAGACCAGUUACUGGCGUGACAAUGAUUCGUGAUGAAGAACGUCUGAUGUGCGAUAUUGAUGAAAGUCUUUUCGAACCACCUUCCCAUUAUACAUUUAUUGACCUUAGAAAACGUAGCUUGGAAGAGGAAGACGACCUUCUUCAGUACGCAUUACAGAACAGUUUCAUUGGCGAUACCGAAUAUGAUCGAGAUCAAGUGGACGUGUGGGAAGUACUUCAAGCUCAAAGAUCUAGAUCACCCAGUAUUCCUGCCGAUGAUGAAGAACGGGAACUUCAACGGGCCAUCGAAGAGAGUUUGAUUUUAAGUUAUGGAGCUGCUGAAACGUCAAGUAAUCCAGCUAUUGAACCUAACGUACAGAGUACAGAAGUAGUACCAUAUAACAACGAGGACAAGGAAUUAUUGACCGCUCUUUCUCUAUCAAUUAAAGAACAGACGGAGCACGAGAAAAAUUUAAAAAUAGAAGAGGAAAUGUUACAGCAAGCAUUGCGAAUAUCGAUUAAUGAUAAAUAAAAUAACGAAAAUUGUUUUAAAGUAACAUUAAAUUCUUCAAAAUUGUUUGUAUCAUCACUAUAGGUAGUUGAAAUUACCAAUUCAUUAUUAUUUUCAUUAAUUUAUUGAUUACAUUUAUUUUUAAUGGAUACUGUCCGAUGUUCAAUACCUAUGAGUUUUUUUUUUGUCACCUUCAACUUGAAUUCUUCAUAAGUGUUUAAAUUCUACGUUACAACUUCUUCGCUUCCGAUGAAAAGAACAUGAAAGUGGCAAUGUGAUUAUAAUUUUAUUUAGUUGAUUACUUUUUUGUUUUGUUUUUUGUUUUAAUUUAUUUUUCAAGUUUUAAUAUUGUAAUAACGAUUUUGAAAUGUUGUCCUAUUUUUAUUUGUUUUUGUUAUUUAUUUUAAUCAAAAUUUUUUUUCCCUUCGAAAUGUUCUAAUGUACAAAAAAUGCUCUUCUCUGUUAUUGCCAAUCUACAUUUCAAAUCAUCGCGAGUCUUCACAUACAUAUUUAGAGUGACUAGUUUUCCAAAUGUAUUAGGUGUUUCUUGCGCGAUUUAUUAAAACAAUCGAGCAGUUCUUUAUCAAAUAGAAAAUGUUGUUUUGGAAUCAAAAACUUUUAAAAGGAUCACAAAUCUAAACAAAUACAAAUAUGUAAUUGUAUUAGUACGUAUAAAUAUCGUAUUGUUCCUAUUUAUAUUAGUGAUUUUAGAUGUGAUGUCAUACUUUUUGAAAUUUCUCAUAAAUGAAUUUGUGGUAACUUAAACUUUUUAUUAGCUUAAAAUUUUCUUUCCACUGUCGUCAUAAUUGCUUCCAUUAAUGUGAAUAUUAACACAAAGUCACUCGAUGAAUUUUUUAUUACCAUCAUUAUAUUGUGUAACAGUAAAAUAGAAAAUUAUACAAUCGUAUCGUGAA